UCGCCGCGUAGCUCCGCAAAAACAAGCAUACGGCUAUCCCCAGUAGCACCCCGGUACACAGAGCCGACCAGAGCGUCACGCCGGGCGCCCCGCGUGCCUAGGGGUAACGUGGACCCCACGUCUCUCUCUCACAUUGCCGUCGUAUACGACGACGUCAUAUACGGGCAUCGCGCGUCACGUGCUACCGGCUGGUGACACUCGACACGUCACAACGCAAUCCUCUACGACGAACGUACGUCUCUGUCUCGCCGAGGAUCAUCAUCCGGUCCCGGUCGUCGUGGAGAAAUUCCAUGUCCUGCGUCCAGAUCUCGAAAUCGCACGCGUGCUUGGAUGCCGACGUACAGUGAUUCCAGUGCGAUUGCCGCGCCGGUAUCUGGCGCGUCCUCUCCUCGGCGAUGAUCGCGCAAGCAUCGCCGAAGCAUGCGAGAGAGUCCACAGUGUCCUCCGCGAUUUAGUCGCGAGUCGUCGGCAAGUUGGUGAGAAGCAUACAUGGUCGGUGAUAAUCGGGACACGUCGAGAUCAAACAUCGAGGAAAAUCAACGGCGCGAUUUUCAUCCUCUCAUGCGUGAUCGCGGAAUCACGGUUCUCGAGGAAUCUUUCUCGGGAGACGGAAACGCGAGCAACCGAUGGGGACCCGUCAAAAAGUUUGAUGCUUAACGCGCAAGCUGAAACUUUGCCCGCAUUCGUCAUCAUCGUUGUCGUCAAUGCUCGUCUUAGGAGUGAAAUUUCGUCGAAACGCUUUAUGAUCGGAACCAGUGUGCUGUGUUCGUCGUCAUAAAUCUCCGCGACUCCGUCUCUCUGCACUGGCCAACUUUCCCGGACUUGUGCGCGAUCGGGAGAUUGCACGGAACUCGAGGAAUCAUUAGAGCGUUAUCAUCACCGGUGUCGUCCGAAACUUCGUCCGGCUGUCGAUAAUCCGCCGGGGAUCGCCCAGUCUCGUAUCUCGUCGUUGGUCGCGCGUUUAAUAACCGCAUCAUGUGCAACGAUUGAUCGUUCCCGAGCUUCCGAACGAGCUCCGAUACGGCGUGACGCACGUGAGCUUUUAUUACGAGCCUUUAUUACAAGAAAUGAACAUUCUUCCGCUUGCCUUAUUCUUAUCGUUAUUAUUAUUGGACCAAAAAUGGAUUUCUUCUGAUGGGAACAGGUGCACCGCUUUCUUGAUGUGACAACCAAGAUGCACCGAACCGACCUUGAAAAAUUAAAUCGUGCUUCGCGGCGGAACAGCGUGUUCCUGUGACUCGUUCGCGCGAACGUGCGAUUGUGCAGGGUGCCCCCCCCCCCAUCCCUCUGGCGCGCCCGCGAGGGUGAAUCGACGCGGAGCGUGUUUCGGACAAUACAGAUUAUUCCGGGCACGAGGCCCGGAUGCUGCGAACGGACGGCAGGACGUGGAUUUACACGCCACGCACGGCUGGAGGGAGAUUCUGACCGCUCUCGCCGAUUUUGAGAUUCAAUUACACUACACUACGGACUGCGGAGAAUCGAGCCCGAGCCCAGUUCCCGACAGGCUCCUUGCCUUCAAGCUCGCAAACAUCGCCGCGCGCUGGUGGAGGCCGGCCGUCUCCCAACUUUCUUAUUCAAGAUGUUUUGAGAGCAAUUUAACUUGGACUCCGGCCGAAGGGUGCCAGAGAGUGUCAGAGAGCCUGGAAGGCACGAGGAAAGCGGAGAGGCAAGAGAGGGAACAAGAAAUAAGGAGGCACGGCAGGGAGACGGCUGCGAGCCGCGAGUAAUGCGGAAAUUCGCCAGGGCAGCUCGCUUCCUGGUGGAGUUGUCCAGUACGCCCGAGUGGGAUUAGGCUUGUCGGUCGCAGAAGAAGAUCAGACACGUGCGUCAAUUCGGAUACGCCCAACUGGCUGGCCCGACGAUCGACAACUGGUUGCGGCUGUCCACCGAAGACCAGGGUCGCUGUACGGAUUAUGCUGGUGGCAUCGCUGCAGGUGGCCGCCAGCAAAUGCUGUCAUGCCGCUGCCGUGCCAGCUGGCGGCCCGAAGCUGGCCGCUGGUCUCGACACGGACCCAGAUCAGACCCGGUCGCUGUUGCCCGAGCGUAGGACUCGCGCUGCUGAUCGCUCUGCUAAUAAUCCUGACCGGCCGGAGCCGCGCGGCCUCGUCUCUGGCUGCGACCCGCUACGCCUCGCGCAUCGUCGAGACGAAGAGCGGACAGAUACGUGGAAUACUUCAGGAGCUGAACAGCCGGCAUCUCGACCCCGUGGAGGUGUUCCGCGGUAUACCCUACGCCGCACCCCCGCUGGGCGAGUUAAGGUUCCGACCCCCGAUCUCGCCGAUACCCUGGAACGGCGUCAAGCUGGCGGACACGUUCGGCGCGGUGUGCCCGCAGAAUUACCCGGAUCUCACCAAUGACACCGCCGCGCUCUUGCAGAUGCCGCUCGGCAGGAACCAGCAGCUAAAGAAGAUGAUUGCCUUCCUGGCGAAUCAGAGCGAGGACUGCCUCUUUCUCAAUCUGUACAUACCCGGGAGCGGAUCCCGUGGACUGGAAGCGCCGUACGCGGUGAUGGUGUACGUGCACGGUGAAAGUUUCGAAUGGGGAUCGGGUAACUUGUACGAUGGAUCGGUCCUGGCGAGCGCCGGCCACGUCAUAGUGAUCACGCUCAACUACCGUCUCGGCAUCUUAGGAUUCUUGAGGACUCGUCCGUUCCCCGACCGAACCAAUGGAUCCGGCGGGAAUCUGGCUUUGAAAGAUAUCACGAUGGGGUUGCGCUGGGUCCGCGAGAACAUCGGCGCCUUCGGUGGAGAUCCGACGCGAGUAACCCUCAUGGGUCACGACACCGGAGCUGCGCUGGUGAAUCUAUUGCUGCUCGCACCUUACAGUAAAGGAUUAUUUCACCGUGUAGUGUUGUCCAGCGGCUCGGCGCUAAGUCCCUGGGCGUCGGUCCACGAUCCGAACGAUCUCAGAAUGAAGAUCGGCGAGCAGAUGGGCUGCUCGAUCGAGGGCGACAAGGACAUAGCCGAUUGUCUGCGUGGAGUACCGCUGAAGAACCUCAUGGACGCGCAGCUGCCCGAAAUCAGAUUCGUGCCUCGCAUGGGGCCCGGCCUGCCGGUGGACCAGAGCAACCCCGACCCCGGCCUGGACAUGGAACGCGCGAGCGACGCGUUCAUCAAAGUGCCAUUGAUCCUGGGUGUCUCCACGACCGAGUCCAACCUCGACUUCAACGCCAAUGACAUACAGUUCGGCUUCGAGGAGGACCACCGGAACCGCAUCCUGCGCACCUUCAUCCGCAACGCGUACGUCUAUCACCUGAACGAGAUCUUCUCGGCGGUGAGGAACGAGUACACGGACUGGGACAAGCCGGUACUCCAUCCCAUCAUAAUAAGGGACUCGACCAUGGAGGCGUUGAGCGACGGCCACACGGUCGCGCCGCUCAUGAGAAUCGCCUUCUAUCACGCCAGGCGAGGCGCCAAGACGUACUUCUAUCACUUCAAUCAUCAGUCCAAGGAGAGCGGCUACUUGCAGCGGCUGGGGAGCGUUCGUGGGGAAGACAUACCGUACAUUUUCGGGCUGCCGCUGGUGGCAGGCGGGGCUUUCUUCCCACGGAAUUAUUCCCGACAAGACCAGGGCGUUGCGGAGGCCGUCCUCACCUUCUUCACCAAUUUUGCCAAGACCGGCAAUCCGAACGAGCCGCACAAGAUCGAGUCGGUCGACUACGGCACGCCAAAGGAGAAGACGCGGUUCCGCGGUCUCACAUGGGAACAAUAUGAGACAGGCUCUCAGCAGUAUCUCACGAUAGCAUUGAAGCCAAAGAUGAAGAGCCACUACCGCGGCCACAAAAUGGCGGUGUGGCUUAACUUGAUACCGCAGCUUCAUCGUCCCGGUGACGACGACGUUUCCAUGCGGCAUCAUCACUUCCGGGAACGGGGCGAUCACUAUUACGCAGGAUCAGUCCGGGACGAGUGGUACACGCCUCUGCCGCUGACAGGCACAACUCGUACGAGCGCCUCGUCGACCACCGCCUGCAGCACGUCCACAAACGACGACAACCUGAUCGAGGACAUCACUCCGAUCCUCGAUGAUUCGGAGGAUGAUGCCGAAUUGCUGCAGAGAUUGGCGUCCCGCCACUACUACAGCACUACCACCGCCCUGGCGAUCACCGUGGGCGUCGGCUGCAUCCUCCUGGUACUGAACAUGCUGAUCUUCGCCGGGAUCUACUACCAGCGGGACCGCGACAAGAAACGCGCCGCCAUGGACUGCCGGCCGAACGGGCAGGAGUCGUUGCCGAUGACCACCAGAGGAUCCGUCAAGUCCUCCGACGGUUCGCGGCCAACGCAGGAGCCACCGCCGUCGUACACCACCCUCGCGAGGAGUCCCUCCCUUCAGGAGCAGCAGCAGUUCGCGCACUGCCAGGAGGACAACGGCGAGCAGUCCGGCAGGAAGGACUCGAGAUCCGGUCACGGGACCAGCGGCAACCUCCACAAGGACCCGUACCCGCCGAAACCGCCCGCGAGGACCACCAGCUCGCUCAGCACCGGCGGCACCAACACCAUCAAGAAACGCGUUCAGAUACAAGAGAUAUCCGUAUAGCAUUAGGGGUUGCCCCCAGAGGGCAACGGACGGACGAAGCGAGUGACCUUUGUGGACGCUACCGAGGGGAUCAACGCGGAGUCCAGGUUCUGAGUGUGACAUUCCUCCUCAUGUGGGCGCCGGCCGGCCUGGCGAGACGUUUCCCGUUCAGUGCGAUCGUUCAACGCGAGUGCGAACCGAGUCUGGCGACGAGGGGACCAAAUCGACUUCGUGGUGUUCAUUACGCGCAGAUCGCAGUGUCAGCUGCCGGACGCGCGUCUGCCGCAUAACGGAGCGUUACUGCGGAAAACCGCCGGUUAUUACCGGCCGUUAAUGUUACCGUACUUAUGGUGCAAGUGUCGCGAACGUGGCUGACCAGUAAGGCGACCGCGUUAUUGGACGAUUAUUACCAGGCUGCGCUUGAUUGUAGCUACUUAGAGGACACUGCGGCUGGUUCUUGCCACCGGAAGUAAGAUUGCACGUUACCACGUUGAGAUAGAGACCCUAGCCGUUACGUGGUUACUACUUGGGGAAGAGAUGAGGUACAUUUCACCGUUUCUGCAGAAAAAUGCGCGACCACUGCUGAGCUGCACGACGUAGUAAUUCGCGCGAUAUUGAGUACGCGACAGCUCAAUGUUAACGUGGAAUCAAGCCAAGUGCGCUACUAAUAAAUCCCAAUUUAUAUUUGAACCACUCGCGUGUGUAUGUGUUCGUAUAUGUACCAGGUGUUCAAAAAGACCGAUCCCUCUAUAAGGGAUUCUUACCGUAACCGGCGAAAAGUUUGACGCGAGACUUGCCAAGCGUAUUUUAAUUUAUCUCGAAGCGCGAGUUCCUUUCUUUCAUCCGAUUCUUUCGACGACCGCGUAAAGUAGGUGGCCUUAAGAAUCACCGUAGCGCGCGGAGCAGACGUGUCAAUGUCUUCAAAGGAAGACGCUCGGCGAGAGGGAUCGCCGGACCGAAGCGUGUAAUUAGACUUCACAGCGGAUUCGGGAUUGUCUCCGUUAAAAGGCAAUUAUAGGUCCGUGCAAGAAUGCCGCGCCCGCGCGAGUGGUGCGCGGUAAUUUCCGAUGACGAUCCCAGCUCGACAGGAUCUCGGAGUACCGGAGUCACGUACACGAUCACGUGCCAUCGUCGCUUUGUGAAGCGUCGAUCGAAAGGGCGGGACACUUAGACGCGGAUCAAACGGAUCGCCUCGUGAUGCUCGCAUCCGAUACUCGCGAGCGACAAGUGGCGGCGGCGUGCGAAAGCUCAUCCUGCUGCAGCUUUCAAAGCGCGUUUCCCUUGCGGGACCGCGAUGGAGAACAGCUUUAAUAGUCGCGUUCGCGAAGUUCCCCCUUGCUCCGCAUUGUCCUGUCUCUCGCAAAUGCACGGUCAAAGUGCGAGUGCAUUCGACAACAGCGUGGAGCUUAGGCUCGCCUGCACACAGCUCGACCGCACAAACAGCACGAUGAUUUUUGAGAGGGCGGACUUGAUUUCCCGCUGAGUGUUCUUCAAGUGUUCUUCUCGUAGAGAGUAGUCCGACAGUACCGCACCGCCGUGGACUCGCGGCUGGAACUCCCGAUCUGAUAACAUAAGCGCUCGUAAGACAAUUCCUCUUGCGUUCGCAUGUAAGCCUCGAAAGCCUCCAGACGAGUGCUGUUGAGACAUCGAGACCAAAGUUGCCAAAGUAUUAAGCGUAUUCAGAUAUUAAAGCGUAUAUCUCUGUCUCUAUAUCAAACGUCGCUAAUUAAUUAUACUACUUUCAUCAAGUUCUUUCAUCUUGCAUUUUUAAUUCUGAGUUGAAGUUAUUUACCUCAAUAUAAAGAUACAAAAGAACUUUUCUGUGCUUUGAGACAUUAUUAAUGCCAAGAACAUUAAUUUUUCCACCCUCGACGAUAUAUUGAACGUUCGUAGAAUUUUCGAGGCUUACGUGAACGAUACCGAUACGUUGUUCGUACGCGGCCUUUUCCGAACAGAGAUCGAAAAUCUGCUCAAAAGCGAUAAAACGGAAAAAGUAAUUUCUUUUAGAAUUAAAACGAUACCGAAGACUUGUACGGAGUAUUGCAUACUCUUUCUCUCUCUCUCUCUCUUUCACGACCAAGUAUCCUAAGGCGUGAUCGUGUUCGUGUUUGCAGAGAUAUACUUUGUAGAGUCCUUAAUCCCAAAUUAAUAUUCAUGAGAUCGUACUACGCAGACUCUACACGCUGAUAUUAAGUUUUGAGAGUCAUCGUCGUUGCGCGCAGCUAAACUGACCCGCGCGCGUGCGAACACGAGAUGGAUAUUCCUGGCUAUCACGAUGCGCAAAACCAUCAAGACCAAGCGAGAUCGUGCUUGCGAAAUGCACGAGACGCGAUCGCGACUUUCGCGCGCGUAAAACUCGCCGCCGUUUUUGAGUCUCGUUUCAUAUUCUUGAAACUGCGGUACAUAGUCCAGACUUUUCUAAACGAUUUUAGUGUUAUCCUACACGAGGAAGGAGAAAAAACCUGAGGAGAAACCUUCUCCACCUUGAAUCUCCCAAUUAACCGAGUUCAACAUCGUCAUUUCGAUCAAGACAUAGGAUGAGCCAUUUAAUUGACUACGCACGAUUCCUCGGGGGAGAAGGGGGAGAGGGGCCGCAUGAGAUUAUACAUAUGUACCGAUACGAUUAAGAAUAACGUAAAGCUGUAAUUAAUUAAGUAGCGUAAUAUGCACAGAGCCUUGGUGUCGCGUAAAAUCGUACUGUCGACUACGAUAGCUUUAAGUACGUACGUCACUAAUAACGUGUAAUUUUUCAAAGCUCCGCUGUCAAGUCAAGGUUCACUGUCGAACCGCGAGCAACGCGAUCCGCGGCAACACGUUGUGAUACUUGAGCGCGGUAUCGGCACCAGUGGUAAGACGGCAGUGAAAUUCAAAUACGUGUUAUAGUCUAGAGAAGAAAGAAAAUCAAUUUGUAAAUUUCACUGUACAACAAUAAAUGCCAAUUUAUAAAAA